AUGACGUCUUCUUCUUCCAUGACCAGAUUAACGAUGAGCGCGAUGCACUCCAUCGCUCGCCGCGCGACCAUUCACAACAACAAAACGAGGACGACGAUCCAACAGCAUGUAAAUCAUCAUCAUCAACGUAGACACCUUCGCGCGACGACGACGACGGUGAUGUCCGCGUACCAAUCCUCGAAAGUUGGAGACUACCCGUCCAUGGACUUUCGAUGCUUUUACGAAAAAGAUGGGAAGAGAAUCUCCCCGUGGCACGACGUGCCGUUGAAAAACGCCGACGGCUCUUUCAACUUUAUCUGCGAAAUUCCGAAAGAAACGAAAGCGAAGAUGGAAGUCGCGACGGAUGAGAAAUUGACUCCGAUUAAACAAGACACGAAAAAAGGCAAGUUAAGAGAUUACCCGUACAACAUCAACUGGAACUACGGUAUGUUACCUCAGACGUGGGAGGACCCGCAGCACGUUCACCCGACGAUGAACGUGAAAGGCGACAACGACCCGGUGGACGUCGUCGAGAUUGGCUCGACGCAGUUGGAAAUGGGUUCCGUCACUCCGGUGAAACCGUUGGGCGUCUACGCCAUGAUUGACGAGGGCGAGUUGGACUGGAAAGUCAUCUGUAUCAGUACCAGCGACCCGAAAGCCUCUGACAUCAACGACGUCGCGGAUGUCGAGAAACACAUGCCGGGGGAGUUGGAAAAAAUCAGAGUUUGGUUUCGCGAUUACAAAACGCCGGACGGUAAGCCGCAAAACAUGUUCGGCUUGGACGAUAAGUGCAUGCCGAGCGCGUACGCGAAAGAUGUCAUCGAAGAGACGCACGAGUUUUACAACUCUUUAAAGAGUGGGAAGAGAGCGAACGACGAAGAGUUGAGCUUGGAAUAA